GUUGGUUUUGUAGGGUGGAGAUCGAGGAGGUGGUGAAGGUAUUGGGCAAAGGAGAAGGAUUCGAGAUUCCUUCAGCGAACCCACAUUCGCGGAGACGCAACGACCUCUCUUUCUCGUCGCUUUGCGCCUCUCAUCUCGCCUUCUUCCGCAAAUCGAGCCACCACUUCCUGUUCAUACGCCUCUUGUCGCUUCUGUUCCAUCGACUCAAAGCAAGGUCGAAUCGAGCUGAGGAAUCCAGAAAGGAGAAGAACGAGAAGCCAACUUGAUUUUUGAGUUGUCGUCGACAAAAUUUAGGGCUUGGCUGUCAAAGAAUUUUGACAGCCAGCCCUUUCUCGUUUCGUCUCUUCUUCUUUCCUCUAAAGCCCCUAGUUCUCAGUAAGAAUCACAUUUGCUUUCUUUUUCUUGGAUUAAAAACCCUAUUAUUUUUUUACAUGGCAACAACGCCCUGUUCAAUCUUUUCAACCUCCAUGAAUCAAAUGUCCAAACAUUAAUUAUUCUCUUUGUAUUUUUCUCCAGUUUGACUUCGCUUCCUGUCCAUGUUCAUCGUGUUUAAUUCAAUUCCAACAGGUAGCUGAGUCGUUGGCUGCGUCCUCAUCCUUCAAAGACCUUCUUUUUUUGAUACUUUCAACGCCCAGAAGUUGAGCAAUCCUUCAUUGAUCAGUUCCAAUGGCUUCCUUCUCCGGUCUUCUUUGCCGGCCCCUCUCCGCCGUAGCCGUAGUCGCCGUCACAGCUGUCUCGUCCGCCCUCACUGAGCAUGUAUCCUCCCCGUUCCAAUCCAAUCAGCUUUACUCUGUUGCUUCUGCUGCUGCCGCUCCUUUCCCAAGCUCAUUCUUGGCUUCGAACAAGUACAAGCCCUCGUCUAAUGUGUCUGAAUCAACCUUUGCAUCUUCCCCUUUCCCCAUUCCCUUCCCUGCUGCCCUCUUUGCUCCUUAUCAGUAUGCCAAGCUGAGUAGCCUUCAGAAGCACGUUGAAUCCCCGCCAGCCAUUGCAUCUUCGCAAUCUGAUGUGUUGUAUCGGUGGCAUUUGCCUCACCCCAAUGCUUAUGGGAUCAGCUGCAUGGACCAGUGCUCCAUUGCCAAGUCUCAGACCGUUGUGGUAUUGCUCGGGUGGCUAGGAGCGAGGCAGAAGCAUCUAAGGAGAUAUGCAGAUUGGUACACCUCCAGAGGGUUCCAUGUUGUGACUUUUACAUUCCCCAUGGCUGAUGUUAUCAACUACAAGGUCGGUGGGAAGGUUGAAAGGGAUGUUGAAGCAUUGGCCGAGCAUUUGGUGGAUUGGGUCUCAGAAGAGAAGGGAAAGAAGUUGGUUUUCCACACUUUUAGUAACACAGGAUGGUUGACAUAUGGAGUCUUACUUGAGAAGUUUAGGGAGCAGGAUUCUUCUGUAAUUGGGAAUAUCAAAGGUUGCAUUGUGGACUCUGCUCCUGUUGCAGCACCUGAUGCUCAGGUUUGGGCAUCAGGUUUUUCUGCUGCUCUUCUCAAAAAGCAAAGUAUAGCAACAAGGAGGAGCAAUACAAGACCAACUGUGUCAGGGUUAAACAUCAUAGAGUCUGGUAGUAAUCUUACUACCAGUCCCGAACCGACUGUCAUCGAGAGUGCCUUAUUACUCGUCUUGGAGAAGUUCUUCAAAGUCGUGUUGAACUCAUCUACCAUCAACAGGAGACUGUGUGAUGUCUUGGAUAUACUAACUUCAGAGCAACCAAAGUGCCCCCAAUUGUACAUAUACAGCUCGGCCGACCAAGUUAUUCCUGCAAAGUCGGUCGAGUCCUUCGUAGAAAGACAAAGGAGAGCUGGCCUAGAGGUCAGGGCAUGCGAUUUCUUGACAUCGCCUCAUGUCGAUCACUUCAGAAACAAUCCAGCCCUUUACAAUUCUCAACUUGCUAACUUUCUGGAUGACUGUGUUCUCACCUGUUGCAAAGGGUCCUCCUAAGAAAUUCUUUUUGGAUGAUUUUCUUCCUACAUUGAUGUCCUUCAAGCAAGGGAUAUAUACUGAAAAGGACAUUUUAUUAUUUUCUCUAUUUUUUGUCAAAUUUCUUAUACAUAUUUUCAGUCAUUUGUUUUAGAUGCAGUGUAUAGUUUUAUAUCUGAUGUUACGUAGAGU